CGCCCACGGGCGCCACCGCCCGGCCGCUCCCUGCCCGCCCCGCCCCGCCGAGCCGAGCCGUGACACCGUCGUGACACUAUCGCGACACCGCCGCGGCCGGUGGCAUCGUGCGGCCGGAGCAGACGGUUCCCAGACUGCGAGUGGGCAGAGGGAAGCUUGAGAAGCCCCUCUUCUCUUGCUGUUGGAUUUGUUUUGGAGGCUGUGGUUACCUGGCUGGUGGUGCCUGCAGCGAUAGCUCUGUGCCAGCAGACGGUGGCUUCCCAGGGACAUCGCUCUGCUUCUCUCAAGGAGGUUGAGAUAGUUGGGAUCUGCUGUGGCUUAUUUACCUAGAGGAUUUACUGUUUCAAUUUGAUACUGUGUAUAUUUCCUGAAAGAGAUGAAAAAAGGACCAGAAAGUGGAACUUGGCCCCUUGCUGGAGUCCCAGGCAAGCUAGCAGAGUCAAACCCAGACAACAACAGGAGCGGUGGAGCCUCAGCAAAGGAGAAGGUCAUACUUUCCUCUCCUGGAGAACUAGAAAAUGCGCAGUUGAAACCCAGCAGAGAAACACCCAGAAAAAAACUCUGUGGCUAUUUAAAUAAGCUGGGCAUCAAGGGUCCAAUCAAGACUUGGAAGUCUCGCUGGUUCGUUUAUGAUGAAAAUAAAUGUCACUUACUGUACUACAGAACUGCACAGGAUGUGAACCCUUUGGGGUCCAUCGAUCUCUCCAGCGCCAGCUUUGACUGCAAGGUGGAAAAUGGUGAAGGGGUUUUUGAGGUCAGAACACCAAACAGAGUUUUUACUUUGAAGGCAAUCAGCAAGCAGGCAAUGAUGUACUGGCUGCAGCAGCUACAAGUGAGACGUUGGGAAUUUUGCAAUGCUCAGAGCAGAUUUCCUGUGGGCAGCUCCCAGCUUGUGAAUGAACCUCUGGUUGACAGAACAAAUGUUGUCGACAGUGAGGACUUUAUGCCUCCAGUCAAAACACCAACAGAAGUGGUGGGGUUAAAAGCAGCCUCUUUGCCUGCACCCCAGACGUCUACUGCUUUGCAGAACAUCUCCCUCAAGCACCCUUGGACAGAGAUACAAAACACUGUCUACAAUAUCUGCGUCUCCAAGCAACUCCGGGGGAACAAUGGGAAUAUCUUUAAUUUCAGUGAAUUCCAGGAGCACCCUGAGAGCCUGGAUGAGGAGCAAGAGGCAGAAGUGGAGGCAGGGUGUGCAGUUAAGGAGGAGAUCCCGGAGGAUGGGAGGCUGGAGUCUAGGGUGAACUGGGUCAGGAAAGCAAAGUGGAUGAACAGUGGCUUCCUAGGCUUGGCUGAAGAGCUGUCCAGGGAGAGAAGCUCAAUGGAUAAAGUGAGUGUCCUACAGCAACAGAUCCUGACGCUCACGGAGGAAGUCAAGUCACAGAAGGAGCUGGUUAAACUUCUCCACAAAGCCCUGGAGGCAGCCCAGCAGGAGAAGCGAGUAUCUAGCAUGUAUCUCACUGCAGCAGAAGAUAAGGACAGACUGGAGCUGGUGCGCCACAAAGUGAGGCAAAUUGCUGAUCUCACCAGUCGACUGGAAGCUCUUGAGAAGGAAAAGAAGGAACUUGAGCAGGUGCUUGCUCUGAGAGACAGCCACAUUCAGGAGCUCAAAGAGCAUGUGCAGCAUCUGAUGGAGAAGAACCACGCCAAACAAGAAGUCAUCAUGGCCUUGACAGAGCAGAUGGCCCGAGAGCUCUCUGAUCCCCUGCAAGAAGCCAACACAAUCACUGCAGAGACGUUGUAUAAACAGCAGGAGGAGAUUGAGCAUCUGAAGGAUGAUAUUGAUGCAUACAAAACCCAGAACCAGUUUCUCAACUCGGAGAUCCACCAGGUUACUCGGCUCUGGACAAGUGCUGCUGAGAAUGAAAAAGCCCUUCUGAUGAAGUGUGCCUGCCUGCAAGCCCGAAACUGCCAGAUGGAGAGCAAAUACCUGACGGUCUUGCGGAAGCUGCAGGAGACCGUGCCUGGCCUGCCCAGCUCCGAUGCUGAGCUGGUGAGGAACCUCAUCCAGGAAGCACUCCAGUGGGAUGUGAAAGAAGGAGCAGAAGAAGGUCUGAACCUGAACCCUGUGAGUGAGUACGAUGAGUAUGGGUUUAUGACUGUGCCUGACUACGAAGUCGAGGACUGGAAACUUCUGGCCAAAAUCCAAGCCCUGGAGAUAAAGUCCAACAACCUGCGGAGCCAGGAGGUGGUGGAGAAGCCCCUCCGCGACAGGUGGAACAGCGUAGGAGAGCUGAGUCCCUCUGCAGAGCUGAAAAGCCUCAUUCGAAGCGGCAUUCCUGUGGAGCAUCGGCAGCGGGUCUGGAGGUGGAUCGUCAGCCGGCACUGCAGCCGUCUGCCAGACCACUACCAGCGGCUGUUGAGGCAGAGCAAGAGCACUGAGCACCCUGCCUGCCGGCAGAUUGAGCUUGACCUGCCCCGGACACUGACCAACAACAAAUAUUUCUCCUCUCCCACCUCCCAGCUCAUCCCCAAGCUCCGGAGGGUGCUGCUGGCAUUCUCCUGGCACAAUCCUGCCAUUGGAUACUGCCAGGGAUUGAACAGGUUGGCAGCUGUUGCCCUCCUGGUCCUGGAAGAUGAGGAAAGUGCUUUCUGGUGCCUCGUCCACAUUGUGGAGAACCUAAUGCCAGCAGACUACUACAGCGACACACUGAUAACGUCACAGGUAGAUCAGAGAGUCUUCAAAGACUUCCUGGCAGAGAAGCUGCCUCGCCUCACGGCUCAUUUUGAGCAGCAUCAGAUCGAUGUCUCACUCAUCACCUUCAACUGGUUUCUGGUGGCCUUUGUGGACAGCCUGGUCAGCGACAUCCUCCUGCGAGUGUGGGAUGCCUUCUUGUAUGAAGGAACUAAGGUGAUUUUCCGCUAUGCUCUCGCAAUUUUUAAAUACAACGAGGAGGAAAUCCUGAGAAUUCAUGACAAUGUGGAGAUUUACCAGUACCUACGUUUUUUCACAAGGAUGAUCGUGGAUGGCAGGAAGCUGAUGAACAUUGCCUUCAAUGACUUAAACCCCUUCCCCAUGAAGCUGCUGAGGAACCGGCGGGCAAUGCACAGGGAAGAGCUGGAGACAGAGCUGUGCGAGCUGGAACAGAUCAAGGCAGCCUAUGUAAAAGAGAGAGCAGAGCAGGGGCCUCAGGACCUGCAGGAAGUUGUCAGCGAAGAGGAAGAAGAGAUUUAGCAGAAACAGAGUUCAUCGUCACUGCUCUCCUCACCUCGCAGAAAGUCUCCAAAAGCAACUGUCGGUAAGAGAUGGAGACAGUACAGGUGAUCGCAGCGGGAGUUCAUCUGCCCCAGGAAGCAAGGCUGUGGAUAUAGGACCAUUUGGGGAUUAACCCAGGCUUUGUGAUGUUAGAAGUAUUAGAGGAAUUUCAUCCUCUCCUGUACUUCUCCCACUCCUGCCCACCCUGUCCCGUGCAAUGCAGGAACGCAGCUGGAGAUCUGUAGGAAGUAACAGCAGUGGCACCCUGACAGAAGUUGACAUGGUGCAAGUGACCCAGCCAGGCAGGGCUUUUCUACCUUUUCUGAUGGAGGCUUGAAAGAGAUCUUUCUGUGCAUGUAAAAUCACCCCCCAAAAAAAAACAAAAAACAUAAGCUGAGAACAGUCCCUCACUGGUACCUAAAGCUGCUUAGUUGAUUAGGAGGGGAACCUGCUCUUUGAACCCAUCAGAGGCUGUCUUGCCAGGAGAGCACGCGUUUAACAUUGCAGCUACUAAGUCACGCCGCGCUCUCCGGGUGGCUGUUGGGGCUGAGGGAGGCCUGGGAGCUGGAGGACAUCUUCCCAUGGGGCUCAGACUGGGACAAGUGAAAUGAGAUGCGGGAGGGUGGAGUCGCCUCCCCAGUUUAUUUCAGUUCCUGUGGGAGCCCAUUGGGAGCACAAGGUGCGUCUUCUGCCCGACUGGGAAAUUCUGGGAGGCGCCUCUCCUCUCUCUUGAGAUUUGAGCAGAGCCGUCCGUGGUUUGGCUGGACCCCGGCAGCACUGUGCCUUCCCGGGGUGAGUGUGCUCCAGGCAGGAGCUCCCAGCAUUGUGUGAAGCCAGCUGCAGCCUGGCUGGUGGCAGGCUGUAGCACUAGGACUGCAGGGACACCUGAGUCUUCUGGCUGCCUCCAGUUGACCAGGAGGAGUGUGUGGUCCUCCCCGUCUGCCUCACAGGUACGCUCCUUCUGUACCAAGUUUUUGCACUGAUGUCCCUGUCUCUGACCCAUGUUCAUAAUCCACGUGAUUAUGUUCCUUCUGACUUGAACGCCGUGAGGUUUUGAAGGGGAUCUGUCUUUUCUCCUUGCUGUGCCCGAGUUUCCGGUGCUGAUGGUGCUUUGAGCCCACGGGGUGUAGCGCUCUGGGGGCGGAACCAUUUUGGACUAGGUCACAAAAGAAAAAGCAUUAAUAUUUCCUGAACUAGCAGCUGGCCUCCGCGUGUCGAGUGCACAGAGAUGCCCUGCCUGCCCCUGGGGAAGGGGGUCUGGUGGCCUUCCUCCCCGCCUCCUAGGACUGCCCUGUCCCCAGGCUGGAUGCCCAGCCUGCAGCUCAGUCCUCCAGAGACGCAGGGUGAGCCGAGCACUUGAGAGAAACACGGCUGCUUUUCCCUCUGCUGAUUCCGCCGCCCUGCUUUGCUGCUGAGCGGUGCGUUAUUCCAGGUGCGCCCGUAGUGCAGGCACUCGCAGCACACAGCUGCAAGGGAGACCUCUGCUCUACAUUUCUGGUGAGCCCAUUGAGCGAACUACACCUCAUUUAACCCUCCUGUGGUGUAAGUCACCUGUGCUCGGGGAGGAAGGGAAAGGAGGCGCUCACAGCCCGUGCUGCUCUCAGCCAGCUGGGCCGCAGCCAGGAUCACAGACCCUGGUGGGCACCGUGCUGGCCUCUGCUCACCUGAGACACGUUGUAUGCCUCAGCUCCACCCCAGACACUGCUGGGCCAGUCAGCCAGGCUCAAAGAAUGAUAAAGCCUGAGUUGGCAGAGACCUCUAGAGGCCAAUCACACAGCGUGAAUGUAAUCCAGGUGGAGAUGAGGUUCUGGGAAGGUUGGGAACCCUGCAGCAGGUUAGAUGGGCAGGAGCGAGGUGAAUCCGCUGCAUGUCAUUGACAGCUGCGCACACUGAAAGCCUGGGGUGAGAAGAAAAUGUAACUUGAGUCUUUCCACAGUGUCUCAAGCAGAAACACGGUUUUCAAAACGAUACCAUGUAGCUAGAGAAGCUCAAAGGGCAGAAGGUUUUUCUUCAUAGGUCGUACUGCUAAUCCAAUUAAUGAAUACUGCUGCGUGCAUGCCCGUGCGCACAUACAGGUUUUUGUUACUGUUACAGAGUUUUGAGAGGCAUUCUCUCUUAAAUCAAGACAUGGAAAUUAGGACUACACUUACAACUGUAUUUUUUCAGGAGCCUUUUGCAGCAGCUGAUUUUUUUUUUUCUUCCAUCCUGUCCCUACGUUCUUUAAAAAAGGCAUUUUCCUGCUCUAAGGAACCAGCUUUGGCAGGGGGGUUGGACCCGAUGAUCUUUCGAGGUCCCUUCCAACCCCUUCGAUUCUGUGAUUCUGUCAUUCUGUGAUUCAUUUAAAACACGCAUUAUUAGACCAAACCCUAGUCUGACAUAUCUAUGCGGUGUAUGAAUGUGCACUGGUCUAUUUGUGUUACAUAACGACCUAUAAAAAAUAAAUUAAACUUUUCUAAAGAAGAUGU